AUGGAGGCAGCGUUAAAUUUCUGGACACCUUCGUCUAGCCGCAGCUUUCACACUUCGGUGGCAAAGCUGCGUAAGGUUACACGGAAUCCGCCAGAGCCUCAGUUCUACCGUGGCAGCACAACGCCAGAUCCUGAUGGGCAUGUUCUUUCGCUUGGAGAUGAGCUCCAGAUGGCCGACAAUCUUGCCUAUCUCGCUCACUGGGAAGAAAAUGUCCGUAUGAUUUCGGCAGUGACUCUGGAGGAACACCCCUCUGGUCUCGUCGUCGUACUCGCGAGCAACUCCACUCCGUCACAAUCGAUCAUCGCGGGGCUGAGGGACAUUUUGGCCACAGUAUGCCAGUAUUGCACAUUGAGUUAG